AGUGCCAGCAUGUCCUUCGCAGCAAGGCUAGACAGUGCCGUAACGCCGCAACUCGACAACUGGGUGCGAUCCUCGGAUAUCCACGCGCGCUUGGUACAUUUUGACCAAGCGGUUCUUGACGGCCUGGAGCCAAAUACCUCGAGUCCCGCGGUCGAUUACCCUCGCUCGGCGACGGUGAAGAGCGGAGGAUCGUCCAUGGCGCCCGCCCUCAUCCACCAGUCCAACGAAUCCACGCACCCGCCAUCGUUGUGCUACUAUACAAACACCGACGCGACGCCGACCGAGACGUCGAUAAGCACGGGACUUGCGAGCCACUUCUCUGGUGUGCCGCUGCUGGAAGACAACAACGGCGUCUUGGAACUGCCGCAGACGCAGAUCAGAACACCAGUCUACGAAUGCGCGUUCUGGUUCCUGUCCUGCGGCCACAUCUUCACCGACAAGGAGGAGUGGGAAACUCACUGCGAGAGUCACUUCCGCGGCGAAGAACCACCGCGAUCCGUACAAUGCCCGCUAUGCGAGUGGGAAGUACACUCCAACGAUGGCCGGGCAAGUUGGAAUGCGAGGAUGCAGCACCUGGCCUAUGAGCAUACCAUGGUGGGGCAUACGCUGAGGACGAGUCGCCCAGACUUCAUGCUGUUCCACCAUCUAUGGCAGAAGCGAUUGAUUGACGAUCAGGACCUGAAGGAACUGAAAGGUGGAAAUCACAACUUGACGCAACCCCCUGGGAAUUUCGUCGAAACUGGGGGGAGACGACAUCGAGACGGAAGACGGCAUAGGUCGCAACAUGUCUCAGCGGCUCGACCGUCUAGGCCACCGCAUGCUUGAGCCUGUGCGACGACAGCCUGUCGGACACGAUUGAUUGUUAACCAGUUGAACGCUCUGGCCCCGGCUAGCUGGCUGGCGAGGUCCCGGCCUGUCUUGCGUUUGGCUUGAUCGCUCUUCAAUCGUCCCCUCCUGCUCUUGUCGUUCACACUUCUUUCGGCCAAUCUCAACCUCGACUUUUAGUACGGUUUUAGCUGCCCUGGUAUACGUUAGGGUACGGUCGUGACAUACCUGGCGUUUGGAACAAAAACUAAUGGCGUUAUUAUCUCCUUGUGAGGGUUUUCUUAUUCUGACUCUGGGUCAAAUUGCUUAAUUGGGGUGGCACGUGGGAGGGGCUUCCACAGUCGCGAGCUCCACAGCCCAGUUGAAUUUUCGGAGGACACAUAAUGGCUGAUGGAUAAUACGAGGCAUGUCAAUAUUCCAAAUUGAUAAGUUUCCGGUGUGGCAAUCCCUCGCCU